AUGGAGAACCAGACCAUGGUCGGGAAUUUUGUCCUCUUAGGCUUCACUGAAGUACAGAACUUGAAGACUCUGAUCUUUGUGAUUCUCCUUCUUACCUACAUCUUGACUAUCAUGGGAAACAUUGUGAUUAUCACCAUCACCCUCCUGGACCAUCGCCUGCAAUCCCCCAUGUACUACUUUCUCUGGAACUUCUCCCUUCUGGAAAUUGGUUUCACCUCCACCGUCAUCCCCAAAGCCCUUUUCAACCUGGCAUCAGGCAACAGAACAAUUUCUGUAGCUGGAUGUUAUGUACAGGCUUUCCUUUAUAUUGUCUUGGGUACUACUGAGUUCUUUUUACUGGCAGUGAUGUCCUUUGAUAGGUGCGUGGCAAUUUGCUACCCUUUGUCCUAUACCACCAUCAUGAAUGAGCAGGUUUGUGAACUUUUAGUUCUGGCUUCCUGGUUUGGUGGCUUUUUCCUUGUCCUUGGACCAUUACUUGCAUUAUUCCAACUGCCCUUCUGCAGCCAAAAUAUCAUUAACCACUUCUUUUGUGACAAUGCACCCCUCAUCAAACUUGCCUGUGCAGACACCAGGCUCUUGGAAUUGGUAGAUUUCACCGUAGCUGUGAUUUCUCUCCUGGGCACUCUUACCAUCACCAUCCUGUCCUAUGCCAAAAUCAUCUGCACCAUCCUGAGCUUUCCAUCAUCUUUGGGGAGGCAGAAAGCCUUCUCCACCUGCAUAUCACACCUCACUGUGGUCUCCAUCACCUAUGGCAGCUGCAUCUUCAUGUACAUUAAACCCACGAGGAAAAGUGGGGUGGACCUUAGCAAAGCCGUGUCCAUUCUCAACACGGUGGUGUCCCCUUUCCUCAACCCUUUCAUAUAUAGCCUGAGGAACAAACAGGUUCAGAUAGCCUUAAGGCAGACUUUUCGCAUGAGGACCAUGUUUUCUAAUGUACCAAAAGUAUAA